GGUCGAGGCCUCCCCAGGCAGGCCGCGCCGGGCCGGGCCGGGCGCUCCUGGGGGACCGGGGAGGGCAGUCCCGCAGCCGGGAAGGGCUGUCCUGUCAUUGCGGGCAGCGCUGUGGAUGAAAGAGUUUGUGCUUACUGGUUUGCAUAACAGAAGAGACUAAAUAGGCAUGAAGGAAACUAUAGUGGGGAUGAGAAGUGUCAAAAGAGAAGAAAUGAAUCCUACAUAUGAUGAUCCAGUGUUUGGGACCGUUUUUGACUGGGACUAUCUCUUAUGGGAAGUUCGUUUGACAUUUUUAGCUGCUGGUUUUUUAAUCUACUUGGGAGUAUUUCUUCUGUCUCACUGGUUGUCUUCUUGGAGAAGUACCACUUACCGUGCCUUGCAUGCAAAGGAGAAGGUGUUUUGGAAUAUGGCAGUCACACGUGGUGUGUUUGGACUUCAGAGUUGUGUUGCUGGGUUAUGGGCUUUGCUCAUAGAUCCCGUUUUUCAUGCUGACAAAGUCUAUUCACAGCAAAAGUGGAGUUGGUUUAACUGUUUAAUAGCAGCUGGAUUUUUCUUGCUUGAAAAUGUAGCAGUCCACAUGUCCAACAUAGUUUUUAGAACAUUUGAUGUUUUCUUGGUAGUUCAUCAUUUGCUUGCUUUUGGUGGCUUGGCUGGUUUAGUAAUUAAUGUGAAAUCUGGACAUUAUCUGCCUUUGAUGGGAAUGUUGCUGGAGAUGAGUACUCCCUCAACAUGCAUUUCCUGGAUGCUUCUGAAGGCUGGCCGUGCUAACACCUUUUUCUGGAAGGCAAACCAGUGGGUGAUGAUCCAUCUGUUCCACUGCCGCAUGAUUCUUACCUACCACAUGUGGUGGGUGUGUAUUUUCAAUUGGAAUUCUAUUGUAGAAAAUCUGGGACUUCUUCACUUUAUUGUUUUAUUCUCUGGAUUAUUUGCUGUUACACUAAUACUUAACCCAUACUGGACAUACAAAAAAACUCAGCAACUCCUCAGCCCAACUGACUGGAACUUUGAAAAUAAAGCAGUGGAAAAUGGAAAAUUAAAUGGUGAAACACAUCAAAAGAAGAGGAUAUAGCAUUGAAACAACGAUUUCCCAGCAGGGUAACAAGAAUACAAUGCAAAAUCAUUCUUUGCAUGUAAACUAGAAGAUUUUGCAAGAAGCUCAUUGACACAGUGACUGCUGGUAGCACUCUGUAUGCAUCACAAGUGUUGAAAAGCAUUGUUUGUAUUUCUUAUGUGUAUACAUAUAAGAACUUCAACCCUUGUUAUGAAUUACAUCAACAAUUUUUCAGGUUGGACAGUAUUUCAUCAUUUAGUAGUGAUAUGCUCCCUAAUGACAUGUUUUCUUUCCUAAUGCUUCAAAGUGUCUUUACAGUAAGUCAUCUGUUAAGCUCAGCUUGAAUCAAGUUUAGCUUGAAUCCUAUUUCACAUAUGGUGGAGAUACUGAUACUGAAAAUUGUGUUAAAUUGUUUAUUAAGAUCAAUUAUGAUCUAAGUUAGGUAUGCAUGGGUACCUAAUUUCUGUGUGUCAAUGAAUCAUUCCAAGUGGAAGAACUGGUCAGUGGUAGAAUGCAGUCAUGGCCUGGGUUUGGGUAUUGUUGUUGGUUGGUUUAUGGGUUUUGGUUUUUUUGGGUAUUUGUUUUUCUUUUUCUCUUUUAAGUGCACUUAAGGAACAGGAAAAUAAUUGUUUGAGUUUUUGUUGUCAAAGUUGUAGUUUUUUGAGGUUGCCCUUUGUAUGGGAGGAGUUCAUAUCCAUCAAAACCAUGCAUGUGGAGAUCGAUGCAUUUGCCAUUUGAGUGGUCUCUGGACUUGAAAUCAAUGAAAUACAAGUGGCAACACCAGAAAGUCACCAGAAGGUGACUGUGUAUUGUCCUUGAAAAAAAAUGCUGCUUGAUUAGUAAAAUUAUUUCAUUUGUAGGUCCCACAUGAUGGGUCAUGCAAUUAGUUCCACUAGUGCUUCUGUUAUGGUUCCUCUUAUUUUUGGGAAUGCACUUAGUUUUAGAUGGUUUCAGAACCUGAAGUGACUCCUCUAUGGAGGAAAGCCCAUAUCACCUCCUGUAGGAGUUCGGUUAUUUUAAUAUUUUAAUUUAACUUUAAAGAAUAUACCAAGUAACACUAACAAUCCUUUUCACUUUAUCUGCCACAUCACAAAAAUCUUUCCUUGACCUGAGAAACUGGGUUGUUCUUUAGAUAGGGACUAAUGGUGAUGGAUGUUCUCCUACUUAAAAUAUUGGUGUGACGGUUCCUGGGUGAAAUGUUGGGAAGUGGAUGGAGGGAUAAAGAUCACGAUAGAAGAGAGUGACGCCUAGUGGCAGGA